AUGGUUCAGAUCAAGGAAUUUGCUGUAGAGCAGUGGAUGGACACACAUGAGGACACUGCCAAAUACAAUAUUGCAGAGACGUGCUGUGCUUCCGUCUCGGUGGAUUAUUUGCAGAACCACAGCGAAGACAAGUCCUCCAAACCGUUGGACUUGUCAACGAAGCUCACGUACGGUCCGAUUCGGGGGUCAGAGCGCUUACGGGGCACCUUGGCCAAUUUAUAUUCGGCUAAAACGCCUUCACCGCUGCCAUCUGACAAUGUCCUCAUCACCGCGGGCGCAAUCCAGGCGAACUUCCUGCUCCUGUAUUCGCUGGUGGGACCGGGGGACCAUGUCAUUUGUCAUUACCCCACAUACCAACAGCUCUACUCGGUCCCCGAAUCUCUCGGGGCGGAAGUCAGUCUGUGGAAAUCAAAGGAGUCCGACGGAUGGGCGCUGGACACCAACGAGCUAAAGGAGCUUAUCAGGCCCAAUACUAAGCUGAUCAUUCUCAACAACCCCCAGAACCCUACUGGGGCUAUUAUCCCGCAACCCACUCUCAAAAAAAUCGUGGAGAUCGCUCAGGAAGCAUCCAUUACCGUCUUCGCGGACGAAGUAUAUCGACCAGUGUUUCACUCGAUCGGCCCCGCGGAUCCAGAUUUCCCAUCAUCCCUCCUCUCACUUGGCUAUGAGAAUACGGUCGUAACCGGCUCAGUGUCCAAAGCCUACAGCUUGGCGGGUAUCCGUGUGGGAUGGAUUGCCUCGCGCGAUCGGACGCUUGUCGAGAAGUGCGCCUCUGCCCGACAUUACACCACAAUCUCCGUGAGCCAAGUGGACGAUUCCAUUGCGAGUUACGCAUUAUCCUCGGGCUGCAUCCACGGCCUUCUGAGCCGGAACCUGGCCCUCGCGAAAACGAACCUGGCCAUCUUGGAUCGAUUCAUUGAGUCUCACCGAUGGGCGUGUGAAUGGGUGAAACCCCGCGCGGGGACAACCGCCUUUAUCCGGUUCAAUAAGAUGGGAAAACCGGUGGACGAUGUGGCAUUCUGCGAGAGCGUCUUCCAACAGACUGGGGUGCUCUUUGUCCCGGGCAGCCUGUGUUUUGGGGAGGGAGAAGACUUCCGGGGCUAUGUGCGCAUUGGAUUUGUACAGGAAACAUCCGUGUUGGAACAGGGGCUCGAGGCCUUGCGAUCAUUCAUGGACGAGGGCUAUGAGGAUGUCCCAAUGUACUCGCUAUUCUACGAUGUGAAAUUGAUUGGUGGCUUGGUUAAAACGGCCUUCACGUCGCGCAUGGCCGCCCACCGCGAUGCCCUGAACCUCUUCUAUGUCCUCGAGAAACAUGCGCUCGCCGCCGACACCAAGGACCGUCCGUUUAUCGUCUACAACGGUCGCACUUGGACCUUCAACGAAGCGUACGUUACGACGCUGAAAUAUGGCACAUGGUUUAAGGAGGUGCAAGGGGUCAAACCCAAGGAGAUCGUCGCGAUCGAUUUCAUGAACUCCUCGACGUUCAUUUUCAUGACCCUCGCUCUGUGGAGCAUUGGCGCUGUUCCCGCUUUCAUCAACUAUAAUCUGUCUGGAAAGCCGUUGACGCACUCUAUCCGCACGUCCACGGCUCGUCUGCUAAUUGUGGACGAGGAGCUGAGCGAGAACUUCCCGGCGGAUCAGAUGGCGACGUUUCAGUCGCCUAACUUCCGGGACGAUGGAGGCGCGAUUCAGGUGGUCUUCUUCACGCCCGACGUGGAGGCUCAAGUGAUGCAGAUGGAAGCCACCCGCCUCGAUGAUAAAGUGCGCAGUGGAUCGGUCCUUCGCGACAUGGCUCUCCUGAUUUAUACCAGUGGCACUACUGGUCUUCCCAAACCAGCCAUUGUUAGCUGGCGGAAGUGUUGGGUGGGCAGUGUGUUCGUCGGCAAAUUUCUGGGUCUCACUCGUCAGGACCGCUUCUUUACGUGCAUGCCUCUCUACCACUCGUCCGCCUCCAUUCUUGGAUUCAUCACUUCUUUGAUGAACGGAAACACCCUGGUCAUCGGUCGCAAAUUCUCUGCCCGGAACUUCUGGCGCGAGGCGCGUGAAAAUGACGCGACGAUCGUCCAAUACGUGGGUGAAACUCUGCGAUACCUGUUGGCGGUCCCGCCGGAGAUCGACGCUGCAACGGGACAGGACCUCGACAAGAAACACAAUAUUCGGUUGGUAUUCGGAAACGGUCUGCGACCGGACAUCUGGAAUCAGUUCAAGAAGCGCUUCAACGUUGAGAGCAUUGCCGAAUUCUACGCGGCCACCGAGGGUACCUCGGGCUCCUGGAACCUGUCGUCCAACGAUUUCACCGCCGGGGCGAUCGGCCGCAACGGUGCUCUCAGCCAGAUGAUCAUGGGUGGGGGAAUCGCCAUUGUUGAAGUCGACCACGAAAAGCAGGAGCCGUGGCGCGAUUCCAAGACGGGCCUCGGUCGGAAAGUUCCGCGUGGCGAGCCAGGCGAGUUGCUGUAUGCCAUCGAUCCCAACGACCCUACGGAUACCUUCCAGGGGUACUUUAAGAAUUCCUCGGCGACGGAGAGCAAGAUCAUCCGCGACCUCAUCCGCAAGGGCGAUGCCUACUUCCGGACGGGGGAUAUGGUUCGCUGGGACCAGGAAGGCCGGUGGUAUUUCUCCGACCGGCUGGGCGACACCUUCCGCUGGAAGAGCGAGAACGUGUCCACCAGCGAAGUGGCCGAAGUUCUGGGCUCCCACCCGGGGAUCCACGAAGCCAACGUCUACGGUGUGCAGCUGCCCAACCACGACGGUCGCGCCGGCUGCGCCGCCAUCAUCCUUAAGCAGCAGAUCCAGGCGGACAACCCGUCCGUCCUGAUUACACCAGAGCCGGGCCUCCUCGACAGCCUAGCCGCACACGUCCUGCAGCACCUUCCCCGGUAUGCGGUCCCGAUUUUCCUGCGUCUCGCGCCCGAGAUGCAGUCCACAGGCAACAACAAGCAGCAGAAGCACGUUCUGCGCUCCGAAGGCGUGGACCCGUCGUUGGUCAAGUCCUCGGACAAGCUCUACUGGCUUCAGGGCAACAAGUACGUGCCGUUUGAGCAGCAAGGGUGGAAGAGCCUGCAGGGCGGUCAAGUCAAGCUGUAA